AUGGCCUUCCCCUCCAUCUUCACGGACAAGCUGGGCACCAACUACGCUCCGAAUGACCAGGAAUCCUCGCAGAUCCGGGACCUCCUCCUCGUGCCGUCCGCCAAGAUAGCGCAAAUCGACCUCGAGAUCGCCGCACUCUCCGUCCGGCGCAGCGAGCUCGCGCGCCUCGUCGCCGCGCACACGGCACUGCUGUCGCCCAUCCGGCGCCUCCCACCGGACGUGCUGCGCGAGAUCUUCCUGUGGUGCCUGCCCACGAGCCACCACCCGACGAUGAGCGUGCGCCAUGCGCCGCUGCUGCUCGGCCGCGUGUGCGGCCUGUGGCGCGAGGUCGCGCUCGCGACGCCGCGCCUGUGGGCGCGCGUGCACAUCGUCGAGCCGCGGAUGGACACGGCGUCGCAGCGCCUCGUCGACGGGUGCCUGCAGCUCACGGAGAUGUGGCUCGCGCGGUCGGGUGUGCUGCCGCUCGAGAUCUCGUUCCACCGCAGUCCGCCCCGGCCGCGCGGGCCCGCGAUUCUGUCGCAGUUUCCGGGUGGUGGCGGUGUUGUUGGUGGUGGUGGGGGCGGUGCUGGUAGUGCAGUGAAGGAGCCGUCCGCCGGCUGCUCGGUGUUUAUGGACACAGUGCUCGGUGUGAAGACGCGGUGGAAGAACCUCGUGCUGUCGGGCUGCACGCAGAGUCCGCUGCCGGUAUCCGCGUGCGAUGUGCCCAGGCUGGAGUCGCUCGAGAUCGCCGAGUUCUGUGUGACGGGGGAGCAGCCGGCGGCGUCCCAUGCGGUGUUCUCUGCGCCCAAUCUGCGCAAGCUGACGCUGGCCACGCGUCUCGAUCCGACGACCCUUCCUAUACCCUGGGCGCAACUCACCUCGCUCCACCUCGCUCCUAUCUACUCGCAGAAUCUCGAGCAGGCGUGGUCGCUGUCGAGCUCGAUGGUUAUCUACAUCCUGUCGAUGAUGUUCAAUCUGCGCGAAUGCACGCUGCAGAUGACGCUCGAGAACGGCGAAAUGGACACCGAGGAGUCCCCGCCGCCCGUCCACCUUCCGCUCCUCCGGUCACUAAAACUCACCCUCUCCCUGCGGGGGAUGACGGGCAGGAACACGGACCCGCUCACUCGACUGGUGUUGCCGGGUCUCACGACGUUUGUGUUCCUCGGGUACACACUGAAUGUGCUCAGCUUCCCGCUUGCGACCAGCCUCAUCAGCAAAUCGACGAAACUGUCUGACGUCGAGAUCGAGACGAUGCUGUUCGACAGAUCCUCGCUCACGGAGUUCCUGGAGAUCCUCCCGCCGACGACGAAGCGGCUGUGCAUGCGGCAGAGCGUGCUGGGCCGCGGCGCGCCGUCGUCCGUGGACGGAGAUGUGCUCCGGCUGCUCUCUACGCCAGUUCUAUCACCGGAGGACAGUUCCGACGAAGGCGAUGACGACGACGAUGACGACGACGACGAGGCCGACGACGAUGAUGAUGCCGAUGGGCGUGGGCAGUCGAGUCAUAGCGUCCCUCCGAUCCCGCUCCCGUACCUGGAAUCGAUCGAGUUCCUGCACGCAUGCGACUUCUCGGACGACGAGCUCCUCCAGUUCAUCCUCCCGCGCGUGCGGAACGCGCCGUGCGCCCUGCGGCGCGUGAACGUCGUGUUCUUCCGGCUGCAGGAGGUGGACAUCAUGGAGCCGCUGCGGGAGUACGUCGACGGGCUCGGGCUGAAGAUGAAGCUUGACUAUAUCAAGCAGCAGUCCGGGUGGCAUCCGAAGCAGGGGCUGCAGCAGAUGGGGUCGAGGAGACCGUGGUAUGGGACUGCCGUGGAUCUAUUCGAUUGA